CUGUAUCUAAGCCAUAUGCGCUCGAUAAAGUAUCAUGUUACCUAGAGUAUUUGCCACCACAAAACAGAAAACCGGUUCACAUUCUGCAUACAUCGAUGUCGGACAGUACGAAAUAUUUUCUGUCAUGAAUCGCGAGAGACUUCCACUACUUUUCAAAGAUGUAAACUCGGAUUUAUCACUUCUAUUUGCCACAUUAUGCGUUAUCGAUAUUUUCGGCAUUUUUCCAAUUAUUGCAUUACCGCGUUCAAUUAUGCAAUGCGGAUUAUAUGGGAUUCCUUUGGUCUUUAUUGUAUUGGCUUUGCAAAUUUAUACGGCUAUUCUUCUUGGUAAAUCAUGGAUUAUUGCAACUACAAUAGAUCCACAAAUUUUAAGAAAAAAUCGAAAUCCUCUUGCAGCUGUAACUGAAUUGACUUUGGGUUCUCGGGCGAGAAGUUUAAUCACUAUAAUCUUAGAUCUUACAGUUUUUGGGUGCAGUAUACCUAACUUAUUGGUUGCUUCACAGAAUUUACAAAUUUUUGGAUUGAAAAUUUCGGGACAACAAUUUAAUUUAUCUUUCUGUUAUUGGCUUUUAAUCGUAGGUAUUCUUUUAUGUCCAAUUAUGUGGCUUGGCAGUCCACGUGAUAUGAAGAUAAUAAGCUUAUUUUCUUGUACAACGGUUUUAUUAACAGCACUUUUGAUAUGGUGGUGCAUAAUUACUGAUACUCGAGAAUUUGAUAUUAUUCCAAUACCUACUUCUCCUUCUUGGGAUAAGUUUAUUUCCGGUUAUGGAAUGUUAGCAUUUCAAUUUGAUAUACAUCCAACAUUGAUGACUGUGCAAGUUGAUAUGCGUCAUCCUCAGGACAUCAAUAAAGCAGUUGUAAUUUCUUUCUUAGUUACUGGUUCAUUGUUUCUUGUUACUACUAUUUUGGCUGUCUAAUAUGGAAGUAAUAUAACAGCCAAUAUCCUACAAUUAAUUCCAGGAAAUUUCAUAAUGAGUAUUGUCGUUCUUAUUGCGGCUCUUCAACUAUGUCUUUCUAGUGUUCUUAGUCAUUCAACUCUUUUUCAAGAUUUAGAAGAUCAGUGUAAUAUUAAAAGAAAUUUUGGAUGGAAACGAUGUCUUAUAAGAUCAGCUAUUGUUUUUCUUGGAGUAGCAGUAGGAGAAUCUAUACCAAGAUUUGAUAUUGUAAUGGUAUUGAUUGGAGGAUCGUUAACUGGUUUAUUAGUAUUUGUAUUUCCACCUUUAUUAUACUCAAAAAUAAUUGCUUUAAAAACAAAAUCCAUUCGAUCUUUAACUCCUGAGGUAUAUUCGGGUUCUGAAAGAUGCCAAAGCAAUAAAGAUAUGUCAAUCAAUCCAAAAAUCCAUUCGAAAUCAAUUUAUUAUGGAGUUCUAAGUGUACCUAGAACUGAAUAUCAUCGAUAUUCAUAUGUUUAUUAUAAUGAAUUAGAAAAUGAAUUGGAUGAAAUUGUGGAUUAUGAAAAUGAUAUCAUAGAUUCUGAAAAAUUUUUUAUGACAAAAAGAAUUUAUGAUAACAAACCAAUAUUUAUAGAUGCCAGUCAGCCUUAUAAUGUUUAUAAACAAAUUAUAAUUCCUGAAGAGCCAAUUUCAAAAUCAACCACAUAUUAUAAUUAUAAAAAAUGGCAUAAUUGCUUCAGUUAUUUGAUUGUACUUUUUGGUAUUAUAAUAACCAUUUCUUCUACAUAUAUCAAUAUGAAAAAUACCAUACAUUACGUACAAUUUACACCUUCUUGUAUUAUGAAUAUUACCAUAUUACAAAAUUCUGCAUAAAAUAAGAUUUUCUU